GCGCAUAUGAGUCUAGAUACUAAAACUUUCUAAUCGUUGUUUUUGUGCUCAUUCAGUAAUCUUUUUGAUUUAAAUACAAUGCAGGUCACUUCAUAAACCUUCCAGACUCUGAUAUUUAAUUUUACAUUUAACAACAUACAGUAUGAGGUUUAUACAGCUAAUAAUUGGCUGUGAACAAUGUGUUUACUGUUUUUCCUGACUUUAUUUAUUCAGUAUACUCUGAGGAUAGAAUCUGAUGUAUUUUCACAGCUUGGACAAUAUGAGUUAUUUGAGAGACCAUCCUUUCGUAUCGCUCGAGAUAUUAGUGGACGGCAGACCAAGCAAACUAUGUUUUAUGCAUGGGGAAGAUCAUGGUAUUUGGUUCUUCAUCGUGAAACAUCGUUUCAUAAUUCUAACUUGUCAGUCAGAUUUAUCAGUACAAAUAGUACCUACUCUUUUUAUCCGAAAACAAAAUAUGCAGAAUUACAUACUGGCUAUGUAUCAGGUUCAAACCAAUCAUUUGUGUUAGCUCAUUUGGAACCAUACACUUCACUACUCAGCGCUCAUAUUCAUGUGGAAUCAGAUAUUUUUGUUAUUGAGAUGUCUAUAUUAGACGAAAACGUUUCAACCUCAUACAAUUACAGCGCAAACUUUGUCGUCUUACACUCGUCGCUGAUUACGAUUUUUUCACUAAUUUGGGAAAUAGAAAUGGACCUAAAACUAUCAGUCAUGUUGUUAGUUUUUUAUUAUUUUUACCAUGUUAAUUUAAUAAUUUACAUUCUUUUACUAAAGAUUAAAGUAUUUGACCGGUUAAAUUAUCUGUUUCUUACUUCAAAAUUUUUGAAUGACAAGCAUGAUGAAAUGAUCGGCUAUGGCUUUUUAUUACAUGAGAUCGUAAUCCAUGAGUCAUGGACAGCUGAUCACGGUCACUAUAAUUCACCAACUGAUUUAGGUGGGAAAAUUUGGACAGCUACAUCCCUGUUGCGUGCAUUUAGUCGAUUCGAUGCGAAACAGUCUUGUUUGGCUCAUUUACUUAGCUACAAAAGAAUAGAUGAAGGCAUUUUAGGGAUGUCUUGGUUGGCCUCCCAGGAUCCAAAGAAGUUAGGCGGUAUUUGUUCCCCACCUCUUCGACGAAAUAAUAAAAAGGAUCUCUAUUUAAAUACAGGAUGGACUACUUAUGUAGAUUAUAAUGGUCAACAACUAGUUAACGCUUUGGCUGAAUUAAUCACGGCUCAUGAAUUAGGACAUAGUUGGGGCGCAGAUCAUGAUCCUGACACAGAUGAAUGCAAUCCUGCAGCUAUAAGUUCUGGAAAAUAUUUAAUGUAUACCUAUUCAGUUUCAGGUUACGCUGAAAAUAAUGGAAAAUUCUCACCAUGUAGUUUACGGACAAUUGGCGCUUGUUUGGUUACUCGUGCUCCAUUAUGUUUCGAAGAUUCAUCUGCGGCUUUUUCAAAUCUUUGUGGUAACAGUCGUGUUGAUGAGGGUGAAGAAUGUGAUGCUGGUCGAAAUCCACAUGAUCCUUGUUGUAGUUCUGAGUGUUAUUUUAGAACAGGUGCUCACUGUUCACCUUGGAAUCAUGGUUGUUGUACUUCUGAUUGUCAGUUAGCACCAAAGAAUACCAUUUGCGCACAAACUAGCAGUACUAAUCCUUGCUUAGGACCUGGUCAGUGUAAUGGUUUAUCAUCUAUUUGUCCAGGUCCAACACUUUUAUCCGGUGGUCAGUGUGAUGAACAUGGGCGAUGUUUUCAGGGUAAAUGUCGUCCGUUUUGUUCUAGUCUUGGACUGGAAACUUGCAUCUGUGAUUCAGUUGAAGAAUCCUGCUUUAUUUGCUGUUUAUUUCCAACAUCAAAUUCAACCACAAAUCAAAGCACCAUAUGCCUUCCUGUUAUAUUAUCCCAAAAUGAAUAUCUAUUACAUUCUAAACAGAAUACUGUAAAACAUUCAGAAUCUUAUAAAUCCUAUUCAAUGAUUUAUCAUUCAAGACGAUCAACUCUGUAUUCUAUGCAUAAGUUUUUACCAUUCUCGUCUAACAUACUACGGUUGUAUGAUAAACACUCACCAAAUGAUACAUAUCAUUUUAUUGUUAAUAAUAAAACUCAAAAACUAGCUAAAACUGAUUUUAACAAUAUUAAUCCAUACUAUCAUAAACAACCUUUAGUACAUAUUCAUUUGCAAGAUUAUCGGCCAUGUCUUAAUGGCUAUUGUAUGGCGGGAAAAUGUGUAGAAUCGAAAAGUAAGCGGAUAUUACGAUUUUGGACACCAGUUCAUUAUUCUAAACACAAGAAUUUCGGUAGGUAUCAUUUUUUUUAUUAACAUGUAUAUUCAGCGAUUUUUUAUUGAAUUUCGUCUUGUUCUCAUCACUGAAUAUAAUUCUUAUUAUUGAGAAGAGAAAUGUUUAUCUUUGUUAUCUUUAAUGAAUUAACUCAUCGGUAUUUGAAAGUCUUUGUGUAUUUGACAGUGUUAUAUAUAUAUAUAUCAUUGAAAUUAUGAACCGAUCAAAGUUGGACAACCAUUUAAAUCUUUUGAGCACUGUAAACCCGUUUCGUGUGAAACUUCUCACCAGUACCCAUCCACGAUUUUGUAGGCUGGAAACAAACCCAGGAAUUGAAGUUUUGCAUACAUAAGCUUAACCUUUCUCUCUAUACAAAUACACAGUUAUCAAUUAUUAUACAUAUAUACAUAAUCAUUAAAAGCAUUGAUGAAUCUCCUAACAAACUCUCCACAUUAUAAAAUUGAUCUUGUGGUUCAAAGAUUAUUGGGUUGUGAGAUAAAGAAUCUUGCUACUAUUACCGACUUAUUAACAGGUGCAUAUUAAGGUAGUUGACUUCGAGCCAUCCUCUUAUUGUGAAAACUAGUGAUAAUAUCCGGAACCUGGUGUAUUGGGGUUCGGGUUUGCGACUUAGCGACUGAAAAUCGAAUACCUGAACCAUCGCCCAGCAAUCAUGUAUAUACAUACUGGGCUGUCAAUUAUAAAAUACUGGGGGUUAAUGGUACUACAUACUUGUCUAUAGCUCAUUAGGUACAUCAAGUUUCAAAUUUGUACCUCACUGAUGUAUGGUAAAUCAAUGAGUCAUAAUUUAAUUAAAUAAAUGGAAAGAUACGCGGAUGUUAUUUUUAUUUUCAGUUAUCAAAUAAAUGAAUUUCAUGUCAUAAACAUUGAAGUUAAUUCUAAUUAUACAUUUUACAUUGGUAGAACGUCCGUUGUUUAAUCAUACUUUCAAUCAACAGUCAUUAUAUCUUUAUGUUGUUGAACUUUAUAAUCUACUACACUUUCCAAAGUAUGAAAUCCAUAUGUAUCACAUCAUAACUUAUUUCUUAAACAUUAAAUCACCAACUGUUCUGAUUAUCACUGUUUCCAAAAAAAUAUAAAAACAGAUAUUAUUUAAAAAUUCCAUACUCUACUGAAUUUGGUUUCCUGUUCCUUUUCUUUAAAUAAACUUUUGUUUUAAAAAUAUAUUCAUUUCAUCGUUGAUUGUUUGUUUUAAAAAAAAAUAAAACAAUAGGCACCAUUGCUUGGGACAAUCUGGUAUUUUUCGCAGUCUUUUUAUCACUUAUCAUAUGGAUUCCAUUGAGUGCAUGUGUUGCUUACUUAGUAAGUUUUUGAGAUUUGAUACGCAUCAAAUAUUUUGUUGUUCAAUGUGUUUUACCCCUUCGGUAUUCUGAAGUUUAUGUUAAAGCAUUCAUUUCAAAAUAAAUUUUGUUGUUUUAUCAUGUUCCAUUAGUAAUAUCUGUAAAAAGACACUAGGAUGUAGAAUAAGAUAUAGGAUUGAUUGAAAGUUAACUCAGUGACUAAAACACAUGACAAGUAACAACACUUAUUAUUAUUAAUGGCUUCAUUCAGUAUUAUGUGGUUAGUGCAAUAUAAGAUUCUCAACAGAAAAUAUUUCAACAAGUUUCUCUUACAAAAUUAAAGAAACAAUUGAUAUAUAUAUCAAGUAAAUAAAUUGUUUGAAAUUAAGUGAAAACGUUUUAUGAAGAUGAAAACAUGUAAAACUAAUUAGCAACAUGUUCAAGAAUACACAUUAUUGACUAGGUCAGCUAUUACAAAGUGUUUGUUGCAUAGUAUAUUUGCCAGUUACGUUAUUGUAGAGCUUUGAUACCUUUGCUUGUGUGCAUGGAUUCUAACGUAUUGGCGCCUUGUCCUAUUAUAAGGUAUAUAACGAGAAAGAUAAAAAUGAAGUGGAUGGUUAGUGUCUGAUAAGAUAGCACUUAUCAAGAGUGCAAGAUUUUAAUUGUCCAUUCAUCACACCAUACUAACUCCCUUCAGCACUCUCCGUAACACAGCGAAAUCUUUUCUCGAAAGUCCAGGAAUGAAUAAUAGGGAACAGUAAAGAAUAGUAGGCAAUUUACAGAAAUUCAUAUAUCAUAAAAGUAAAUAUCGAGUAAUGCCGUAAGCAUGCAACCUCUUUAUAUAGUAAGUCAGACGGAAAAUGUCCGAUGUUAAUAAAACAUGAGAUGACAAAGAGAGAUGAUAGAAAAAUCUUACACCAAAAUAAAUGACCUUUGAUACCGUUUUUAUUACAAAUCUUCAAUAGUACAGACUUUAUGGGAUUCCAACGAGGUGUUUCAUAUCUAUUAAUGUCUCAGGUUAAAACUAACAGUUUUACAUUAGAAGGAUUAAGUGUGAGACUAUUAACGACAGAUCAUUUAUGUAAGAGAAUGUGAAGAGAUAGAAAACGGCGUACAUAUAGUAAGGUCAUCCGCAUACUUAACAAAAGUGUUUUCUGUGGAAGAUGGCAGAUCACACAAACUAAGUCCUUGGUUCAAAUCUUAAUCUAGCUGCUUUGAUUUAGAUAGUUUCAUUAACGGCCCUUAGACUUAAAUUAUCCGUCAAAACCAAGUAAACAAGGUAUUAAUGGUAUAUGAAUUCCAGUUGUGUCUCAUCCCAAUAACACAAAACGACGGUGAGGGAAUAAACUAAACCAAACAAUUUACUUUCUGCAACCACUUGUAGUCAAGUACCUGUAGUGUUCUUGUGGUUUACAACUUCAUCAGCCCAAUUGGACAAGGAAAAGUCAGGUCUAUCACUGCUCUAUCUAUUAGAGUUCAGGGGUACCAUCUUGCAGUGAACAUCCGGAAUUCUAUUCUAUUCUCUAUGUAUUAAUUCUGGUCAUUAGUUCUCGGAAUGUCUGAAAUGCAUGUAGAAACAUUAGACUUAUCACCAUGUAUUUAAAAAUCCAACAUUUGUCAAUAAUUUGACCUAAGCUUCAGCCAUCAAUCUUUGUCACAUUUGACAUUUUUGAAAUGUUCAUCCGUGGUUGAUAACUGUGAGAUACACAACUAAUUCAUUUGUCCAAGUUUACAAUUCAUUUUUUAUGUAUACUCAUAAAAAGCUUAUUACAUCAAUGUCGAUUGUGUUUAAAAAGAUUUCCAAGUAAUGAGGUUAUUAUGAGAAUGUUCAUUUGCAUUGGAGUUUGUUGUUGUCAGUUUGGGCAUUAUAGGAAGGCGAUAUCAUGUUGAAACAAUAUCUUUUUAAUGAUUAGACUAUGUAUAUAUUUAUAUUUAAUGGCAAAAUGUUUUUAUUUACAGAAUAGGCAUCAUGAACGAAAUUGUUAAUUACUAAUUAAAAAGUUAUGAAUCGACGAGCCAGAUAUCCUGUCAAUCAUAUGAGAAACGAUAUUUACCUUGAAGCAGCAUUUUUAAUGAUUCACAUAUUUUCCACAUAUAAAUAUUUUAAAAGUAUACAACAUUCUUAUAAUCUAUUGAACGUUUUUUUCUCUCGAUCAGUUUCUAUCUUGUUUAUGAUAUAAUUUGUUAUUUUGUCCCCAUUCAAUUCAACCUUUCAUCAUACUUUGUAUACAUAAUCUUCCCAAUUGUGUUUUCUUAUUUUCAAAUGUAUAAAAACUGUAGUAUGUAUAUGUAAAAUCUGUUUUUCUUUACUCUUCUUGUGUGUGUAAUUUCUACUGAUUUUCUUUUUUUUUUCAGCCUAAUUUCUUAGGAGUCAGACUUUUAAGUUCAGUCGCGUGAAAAGUGAGAUAAAUAUCGUUGAGUUGCUUCUUUUUUCUUUUCUCUUUAAUAUUUCAUCCACUUUAUGCAUUAUGUAUCAAUGUGUUCAUUUGUUCAAUGUUAUAAUUUAUUUUUUAUAUCAAAACUUUGAAUAUUUUUCCUCUAAUUUACAUUUAAUUCUAAGUUGUUUUGUAUUAUGAUUUGUAUGAGUUUGAAUUAAAGGUAAGAAUACAAAGCGAUAUACUUUUAAUAUGAAAGCAGAUGUAAUACGACUAAAUAGGUAUGUCAGAUUGUGAAUACAUUCGAUGAAAGUUUUUAACGAUAACAACUUAAAUUCAAGUAAGAAUUGAUGUGAUACAUUUCAGGAAAGUUUUCAUUCCUCAAGAAAUGUCAUUAAGAUAAAUAAACAUAGCAGAGUAUAUAUAUAGUUUUUUAUUCUUUCCUAACCUAUAAACUAAUGUAUGGAUUACAUGUGAUUGUCAAGUUGAAGAAGUUAUGAUAAUAUUGAG